UGAGCUCCCGCCGCCUUGCUGAGCUGCUGCCACCGCGGCGCCAGACCCAGGGUGAAGGAGCCUCCACCGCCCCGCCAGAGCCGUCGCUGCCAGCGUGCCGGCACCUGCGCACGGCCGGACCCCGAAUCCCCACCAGCCCCAAGAGCACUUUGCAGCCCGCCUCCUCCCUCCUGUCUGAGCACCGGCGGCGGGCAAAUGGAGCUGGACCACAGGACGAGCGGCGGCCUCCAUGCCUAUCCCGGGCCGCGCGGCGGGCCGGUGGCCAAGCCCAACGUGAUCCUGCAGAUCGGGAAGUGCCGGACGGAGAUGCUGGAGCACGUGCGGAGGACCCACCGGCACCUGCUGGCCGAGGUAUCCAAGCAGGUGGAGCGCGAGCUGAAGGGGCUGCACAGGUCGGUGGGCAAGCUGGAGAGCAACCUGGACGGCUACGUGCCCACCAGCGACUCCCAGCGCUGGAAGAAGUCCAUCAAGGCUUGCCUGUGCCGCUGCCAGGAGACCAUCGCCAACCUGGAGCGCUGGGUCAAGCGCGAGAUGCACGUGUGGCGGGAGGUCUUCUACCGGCUGGAGAGGUGGGCCGACCGCCUGGAGGCCAUGGGCAGCAAGUACCAGGUGGGCAGCGACCCGGCGCGCCACACCGUCUCCGUGGGGGUCGGGGGUCCCGAGGGCUGCUGCCAGGAGGCUGAUGGCUACGACUACACGGUGAGCCCCUACGCCAUCACCCCGCCGCCGGCCGCCGGCGAGCUGCCCGGGCAGGAGCUGGAGGAGGCCCAGCAGUACCCGCCCUGGGGGCCGGGCGAGGACGGGCAGCCCAGCCCCGGCGUGGACACGCAGAUCUUCGAGGACCCGCACGAGUUCCUCAGCCACCUGGAGGAGUACCUGCGACAGGUGGGCGGCUCGGAGGAGUACUGGCUCUCCCAAAUCCAGAACCACAUGAACGGGCCGGCCAAGAAGUGGUGGGAGUUCAAGCAGGGCUCGGUGAAGAACUGGGUGGAGUUCAAGAAGGAGUUCCUGCAGUACAGCGAGGGCACGCUCUCGCGGGAGGCCCUGCAGCGCGAGCUGGACCUGCCGCAGAAGCAGGGCGAGCCGCUGGACCAGUUCCUGUGGCGCAAGCGGGACCUGUACCAGACGCUCUACGUGGACGCCGACGAGGAGGAGAUCAUCCAGUACGUGGUGGGCACGCUGCAGCCCAAGCUCAAGCGCUUCCUGCGCCACCCGCUGCCCAAGACCCUGGAGCAGCUCAUCCAGAGGGGCCUGGAGGUGCAGGACGGGCUGGAGCAGGCGGCCGAGCCCCCCAGCCCCCCGCUCCCCACCGAGGCCGAGGCCGAGGCUGAGGCCGAGGCGCUCACGCCGGAGCUCACCAACGAGUCUGCGGCCAGCGACCGGACCCAGCCCGAGUAG